AUGUCCAAGCUAGUUAUCUUUAUCUUAACUGUGCUAUUAACACUACUGAUAGUAAGCACAAAAGCGACUAAAUCAACAAGCUCUCAACUCAAAAAUUUUUCAAGAGCCCAGCUUAGUAGCAAGGAUGCAGACUCUAUAAACCAACACAUCCAGCUAGCUAAAACUUAUAUACAAGCCUUGCAAGAAUAUAAUGGUCAAGUGAAGAGUUACCAAUGGAGGUGGGUCUGGAGUUACCAAUUCAUGGGGAUUGCUAUGUCUUCUAAGUGGGAUCUUGUCUUUGAUGUAGGGUGGAAAGUCAAUUUCAACGAGACCGGAGGAGAUUUCUUUCAUAUAAACUACGAACCUUUUGUCGAUUUGCAUACCUACAUGUGGAAUGAUUUAGCUCUCUGGCUUGCUGAAUUUUAUUAUGAUCCUAUUGCUCAGAUCCUCUUUGGAUCAAUGCAAUUAGAUUUUACUCUUGAUAGAAAUGGCAAGGCAUGUUUAAAUGCCACAUACGAUCUUGAGCCAGUUUAUUACCAUGGCUAUCUUGGAUCAACUCUGAAAGAGUGCCAUACUGAAAUUCUAAGUGAAGUAGCACAACAAACUCCUAUACAUCUAGAGUGUAACAUGACAGACCAUGUAUACAUAAGGUUUCACAACCUUGAGUUCACUCCAAGAUUAGUUGAUACAUUCCUGGAUAUUUGUAUAGAUUUUUAAGAAUGUUCAUCCCACUCUCUG